UCCACACACACACACUAUUCUCUCCCAAUAUUCUCCAAUCCAAAAUUUCCAAUCCCACAUCCAAACCAAAAUACUAUUGCAAAAAACACAAAAUUGAUCAAAGCUAGGGUUUCAGAUUUAUUGCUAAACUCAUCAAGAUUACACCGUGCAUGAUAAAACCAGAAUGAUCACUGUUUGGAGGAGGAAGAAAAUCCAGAUGGAUCGCAACGAGAAUCAGAAGAUUUUUCUCUUGAGUGAAUCGAAAGAAGUGAUAGAGCCAAAGAUAUUGAAGAAGGCGAAGACGAAUAAGAGGACUGAUGAUGAUGGGAAGAAAUACCGGCUUUUAUCAUUCAACGAGCUGCCGGAUUACAUGAAGGAUAAUGAAUAUAUCUUGGAUUAUUAUAGGGCUAAUUGGCCUCUCAAGGAAGCCCUCUUCAGCAUUUUUAGGUGGCAUAAUGAGACACUUAAUGUUUGGACGCAUUUACUGGGAUUCUUGUUAUUUAUGGGAUUGACAAUAGCCAAUGUAAUCCAUGUGCCUCAUGUGGCAGAUUUCAUUGCCAUGAUUUCUGAACAGUUUCCAUUGAGUGCAGAAGCUAACGCGUCGAAGAAGCUGUCAGCGGUGAGCGAUGACUCAUUAUUCAUACUCCAAGAAAUAGAAUCAAGUCUCCUCGAAGCGAGCGGAGCAUCAGCGGAGACGCGGUGGCCUUUCUACGUGUUCCUGUGCGGAUCAAUGAUGUGCCUCCUGUGCAGCAGCGUGUGCCACCUCUUCUCGUGCCACUCGCGGCGGCUGAGCCUCCAGCUCCUCCGCCUGGACUACGUAGGCAUCGCGGUGAUGAUCAUCACCUCCUUCUUCCCCCCGAUCUACUACAUCUUCCAAUGCAGCCCGCGGUGGCAGCUCAUCUACCUCACGGGGAUCUCCGUGAUGGGGCUGUGCACCAUCGCGGCGCUGCUCUCCCCAUCCCUCUCCACCCCAAGGUACCGCCCCCUCCGCGCCCUCCUCUUCGUCUCCAUGGGCCUCUUCGGCCUCUUCCCGGCCCUCCACGCCCUCGUCAUCAACUGGCGGGACCCCCACCGCGACAUCAUCCUCACGUACGAGUCCGCCAUGGCGGCCUCCUAUCUAAUUGGGACGCUUUUCUAUGUGGCCCGAAUUCCUGAGCGAUGGCGGCCAGGUCUAUUUGACCUGGCAGGCCACAGCCACCAGAUCUUCCAUGUCUUUGUAGUCAUGGGGGCCCUGGCCCACUACGCCGCGGCCCAGGUCUUCCUUACCUACUGGAGCAGGACCGGCUGCGGCGCAUUUGCUUGAUUAAUUAUUUGUUAGAUUGAUUGAUUGAUUGAUUAUUUGAUUACGUGGCUAUUUUAAGUGUACACUGCUGGUGAUUCUUUUGCUAUUUUCUGUAAUUUGAUUGAGAUACUAUGGGAAUAGUUAUAUGUAGUGUCUCUGUACAUGUUCUGCUCAAUCAUUUAUAUAAUCUCUUUGGUUUAUGCUA